UCUUCGUGUUGGUUUAGACUAGAAGCCAGGAAGUUCUUGGAAGCUGACGAGGAAAGCGGUAGGCAGAAAAGCUCGGCGCGUCCGAGUCAACUCGCUCCUCGCGGACUGAGAUCCAUUAAUCUUGUACGUAACAACAUCGACAUUAUAUUUCUUGGAGAACGCGAUCAACCCUCGUUUUUCCAUCCGAUCUCCAUAUGUUCGUUGAUGCCGCUUAUGUACGUAUAUAAUUAUAGAUUAGGGUUCUUAGGUCAUUUUCGUUAGAAUUUUUGAAUUAAAUCAAUUUUGUUAUUUUUUUGUGUUCGAAUAACAACUCUAAAAUGUGUUAAAAUAAUUCCAAAUAGAAUUAUUUCGAUUUUAAAAAAAUUUGCAUCUAAAGUAAAUUUUCAGGGAUUUAUUUAAAUUUUAAUUAAAAUAUGUGGCGAGAGUGAGAAUAAGAAUGUAAUAUGAUUGCAUUGAUUUUUCUGAUUAAAUGUUCUUUUUUUUUUUAAUUUAUGCAGGUUUUUUUUUUUUAGGACUCUAUAUAAUAAAGUUACUUCUUUUAUUCCUCUGAGACUGGAAAAUUUGGGAACUUUUUCAUUGUUAUUGGUAUUUAGUUGAGGUGGUGAAUUUUGUUUAUACAACCAUGAGUUUUGUUUUUCGAGGGACGAGAUCAGAUUUAGAGAGUGGAUUUCCAGGAUUUGUUCCGGAGAGACGUGCCAUGCGUGUGCAUGCAGGACGUCCUGUUAAUUCCAACUCGCUUGUGUUUCUUAUUACAGUUCUUUUGCUGUUUAUGAUAUUGAAUUCACAUCAGAUGUCACCCAAUUUUCUGCUUUGGCUGGUGCUUGGAGUGUUUUUGAUGGCCACAUCCUUAAGAAUGUAUGCCACCUGUCAACAACUUCAAGCUCAGGCACAAGCCCAUGCUGCUGUAGCGAGUGGCCUUUUGGGCCAUACCGAAUUACGGUUGCUUAUGCCACCAUCUAUUGCACUUGCAACCAGAGGGCGUUUACAAGGCCUUAGACUGCAGCUUGCUCUUCUCGACCGAGAAUUUGAUGAUCUUGAUUAUGAAACUUUGAGAGCACUUGAUACCGACAAUGUUCCCUCAGCUGCUUCAAUGAGUGAGGAAGAGAUAAAUGCCCUGCCAGUUCACAAGUAUAAGGUAUCUGCUCCUCAAAGCAAUGACUCUUCAAUUCAACAAGCGUCAUCUUCAAACUCACUUCAGCAGAAGAAGCAGGAUCCUGCUAAUCCAGUCGGCAGCUUAAAGGGUUCAGAAGAUGAAUUGACCUGCAGUGUUUGCUUGGAGCAAGUCAAUGUUGGAGACGUUAUCCGUAGCUUACCCUGUUUGCAUCAGUUUCAUGCUAGCUGCAUCGACCCAUGGUUGCGACAACAAGGGACAUGCCCUGUUUGUAAAUUCCGAGCAGGAUCUGGGUGGCUGGAAACUGGUGGAGUAGAUGCUUCCUACAUGGUUUAGAAACUUUUGGAGGCCUGUUCAUCAAUGUAUCUAACAUAUAUAUCCAUUCUCAAUGAGCAGAAUGAAAGGUCUACUUGAUUAACUUAUUUCUAGAAGGGCUGUAAUAACUUAUUGCCUGAUGUUUAUACAAGCACCUAACAAGUUUUGUAAUGAUUUAUUUUUAUAUUACAACUGAAAUCAAAAUGUUAUGCUUCUAUUAAUGUAUGAUAAGCAACUAUUUGGCUUUGCCCUUCCCUUUUCCUUGA